AUGGUCUCCCAGUCGGGCAUCCAGGCGGGGACUAAUAGCUGUUUGUGUCGGUUCCAGGCGUUUAUGAUCCAGUGGUUCAUGCCCGCUGAUGCCUUAUGGGCCUUUACCAUGGCAUGCAAUGUCUACCUGACCUUCUUUCGCAAAUACAACUCGGAACAGCUACGACGGCUCGAGUGGAAAUUUGUGGUAUGCUGCUAUGGUCUGCCGUUCAUCCCGGCUUUUACCUACUUUUUUAUAGAGACCAAGGACCGCGGCAAGGUGUAUGGAUCCGCUGUCCUCUGGUGCUGGGUUGCGCCAAAGUGGGAUUUCCUACGCAUCGCGAUGUUCUACGGACCGGUCUGGCUGAUCAUCAUCCUAACCCUUGUCAUCUAUGUGCGCGCCGGAAAGGUCAUCUACCAGAAGCGACGGCAACUACGCGAGUUUGACAGCUCAAUCGACUCCAAUUUUGAAAUCGGAAACCCAUUCGAACCCUCUUCAUUUACCAAAGUGACCGAGAUUAAGGUGACGACUGAAUCGGCAAUUGCGGCGACCCGCAUCCCUAAUCUUGCCCGUGACAGCAUCGGUAGUCGAUUACAGAGACCGUUCAAGACUGUUCCGUACAGUCCGUAUUCGGUCAGCAUCGAGGCCGGAGGAGCGUUUGAGAAGCUGAGCGGACCCACCACUACGUUGAAGUCAAUCAAAAAUGAACUAUUGGACUCAGCACCUCAGCGCCAUGCGAUGGUGGCCGAGGCUAACUUGGCUGCUUGGGCGUAUACAAAGUAUGCGCUGCUCUUUUUCAUUGCCUUGUUGGUUACGUGGGCACCAUCGACUGCUAACCGAGUGUACGCAUGGGCUCGUCCGGACUCUUUUGAUUUCGGCUUGAACUACGUUUCCAGUUUUGUCCUUCCGCUGCAGGGAUUCUGGAAUAGCCUCAUAUACAUGUCCAUUUCGUGGCCAGUAUUCAAAGCAGCAAUCCGUGACCUUCGAGCAUAUUACACAGUAGCAUCGAUGGGUUGGAUCAAGAUCAGGCUGUUUCCUAGCAGAGUGAUAAGCAAUAGGCUUAGGGGAUCUCACGGUGCAUUUCGGAGUGACAGCACGCACGAUUUGACAGUUUAG